CGUUAGCUACAUGAUAGCAAGGUCCCACAUGUAAUUUUUGUUAUAUUGAGGCGGUAGCUUUUCAGCAUUGCUCUUGGAUGAUUUUCCUUUACAUUUAUGAUUUUUUUUAGCUUUUCGUACUCUACACUUAGCUAUCCGUAACCGUAGUCAACCACAUAGGUAGUGAUAUGUGAAUUUUCAAAAAGGUGACCAGCCGGAACUCGAUAGAAGUACAUUGGGUGAGGAUUAACUAAUAUUGGAUAUUAAUAAUAAUGGAUAAAAGAACAGCGAAUCAUCUACAAGGUUAUUAUAAGUAUGAACGCAGUAUUAACAAGUACGUUAUUGCAGCUGAUACCGAGGUGCAUGAAGCUUACAAAAUAGCUCAAGAAAGGGGAGCACUUCCUCUUAACAGAACCAAGAUACUUCUCCUAGGCGACCACGCUGCCGGAAAGACUUCCACAUGCAGGCGUUUAAGAGGAAAAGAAUUUCGGCAUGAUGAGCCCAGCACAACAGGAAUCGAAACAAACAUUUUCAAAGCAAAAAUUAACGAUGUUAAUAGUAAAUGGUGUGAAGUAUCAAACACACCUCAAGAAGAUUAUGAAAGUUCAGCAGCAUGGUGGGCAGUAUCACACAUGCGGAAACGUGGUAUGAAAAAAUCCAAGAGGGCAGGUAGCCCGCCUGAUGUUAGUUUACAUUUCUGGCUACGAGAUCUGAUUGAAGAUAUAUUUCAUCAGAUAAUACUUAUUAUUCCCUCUUUAAUUACGUUUCUAACAGGUGGGUUUACUUUCGGAUUUGGACUGGUUGCAUGGAUUUAUAUUCUCUGCUUGAUGUGUGUAUUCGAUGUUCACACUGCGUACCGCUUUGGUUCCGGAUACACUAUCGAAAUGGUACUCAUAGACAGUGCAAUUAGCAUAGAUAACAUUCACAAAGAAAUGCAAGACACUGGAUUGGAUUGGAAUAAUAUGUCGUCAGUCCUGAUGGCUCUUAUGUAUGGACUAGUUGGCCUAAUUACCGGAGUGCUUAUGAGCGCAGGUUGUAGGGUUGGAGUUUGCAUAGCAUUUUGUAUAAUGGUUCAUCCUCAACAAAAAAAUGUUACCAUCGAUAAUGUUACAGAAAAGCUACUACUCAUCUACAGCAAAGUAUAUUAUAAUUUCUUAUUUUGUAUCAUUGCAUUUAUUACAAUAGUGAUUUUUAAAAAUGUUCAUACUAAGAUAUUAUCUAUGGGUCGAAAGAGUUGUAUAUCUUUUUUAAUAAUCAUUAUUCUUGUCAUCACACCUUUUAUACGAACGUCAUUAUGUCUACGCCUAUUUAUUAUUUUGUAUGUUGCUAUAGUUGUAUGUUUUACAAAAUUUGGAGUCAUUUUGGGGAGAAGAUUUGUUGUGUAUGAUUAUUUCAAUCAAAACUAUGUUAUAAAAAAAUCUAUUGGUUUUCUAACUGGGCUAUUUAUAGCUGUUAUUUGUGGAUGGGAAUUUGUAAAUUUAGGAAAUCUCUUCUUAAAUUAUAAACAGUCUUUUUCACGAUAUUUAUUCAGCGUAUUGCAAUUUCUCGUCCCUAUCAUUGCGUUUAUUGCAUACGAAUUGUCUGCCUAUAUGAGAGUAAAAUAUACAACAUCCAUACCAAUAACUCAUGUCAAACAAUCAGUGAAAGCAUGUAUUCGUAACGAAUCCUAUUUGGAUGCAAGACUGAGUUUAUGGGACUUUGCUGGGCAAGACAUGUACUAUAACACACAUCACCUCUUCAUGUCAAAACAGGGUGUGUAUCUCAUUGUUUUCAAUGCAGUUAAAGCGGUUAUGAACCCUGAGAAACAGAUUAAACGUCUGCAGUUCUGGCUACAGUCAGUUGCUAUGCACGCAGAGGUUGGAAAUGCUGUAGUCUUUCUUGUAGGAACAAGACGAGACAGUGUUGGUGACACAAAUGCUCUUUUGAAUAUUUUAAAUCUAGCAAGAGAACAUCUUUACAAGAUGUUUUCUAAGUGGCUUGCAUUUCAUCCGUCUGGAAGCCUUUUCUUUUUGAUCGAAAACGCAUUACAAGUGGACUGCCAACGAAAUCUUUUACGAGCAGCUAUCUACGACGAAAUACAGAAACUGACGUUUUUUCAGGAAACAUUUUCAAUAAAAUAUCUUUUAUUUAAUGAAUCUUUAAACAAGUUUCGCCUACAAAAGUGCAUUAUUACAAAAUUAGAAGAAAUUUCAGAAGAAGUAAAAUCAAGAUGCAAUAUAACGUCACAGAAUGAGUUGCGUCAAAUCUUAUGCUUCUUUGAUAGAUCUGGUGAUAUUAUAUACAACGAACGUGAUGAGGUACUCAGAAAGUUCGUCAUUUGUGAUCCUCAUAUGCUUGUAGACAUUUUGCAGUAUUUGGUAAAUGUGCCUGCACCUCAUAAGAGAAAUCGGACAGUAGCUGACUACUGGCAGAGUUUGAAAGAUUUAGGAAUCGUUGAUAGUAGAUUACUAGAGCAUAUCUGCCGACAAAAAGGAGUCUGGACGUUUUACCCUUAUGUUAUUCGUUUCUUAGUGGGAUCACACCUACUUUUCCCUCUUACUGUUACUGAUCAAGUCGAACAAGUCGGAACAUUUCUUCUUUCAUGUCGACUGCCGAAGAUUGCUUCAUUAUCAUCUAUCUGGAACGGGAAUGAUUGUUCACAAACUAUUCUUUAUUUUGAUUUUAGGGAAAUCAUUCCUGAAUUUAUAUUUUUGCGUCUCAUAGCUAAAUGUUGUGAAGUGUUUACUUGGGAUAAGAUCUACUACAAUGCGGCAAGAUUCAGGAUUAGCAAAUCAUCUCUUUUUGUUAUUAGCACAACAGUCAUUUCUGGAAGCAUUAAUUCAUACGAUCGAAAUCUGAUCAAAAUUGCUGUGCAUAAUGAAAACCAUGCAGAGUUUAUUAAUGUUGUACAGAAAAUGAUUAAUUUUACUGAAGAGAUAAUCAAUCGGGAUUUCAAUCCGGACUACUUCCGGAAUCAGUAUAUCUAUGGUCCUGAAUGCGAACAAUGCAGUUUGUUAGAUGGAACAAUGUGUUUGGUGAACCUCAUAACACCAGGGAAUGAUAUGUCUUCUUUGGACGGCUACAAGCCAGACCAUUACCAUAAGCUUACGUUUGAGAGAAAGUUCAGUUUAACGUGCAGUCGAUUAAUGAACAAUUAGGUCUGGGUAUCUUGCUUGCUGUCCAUUCAAAGAAAAAACCCAUUGCAGGGGUAUGUACAUUUAAACAAAGGAUGAAUAAUCACAAAAGCUCUAUAAGACACAAAUGUAAUCUACCUUAACACAUUAACGGACUUAGACACACCAAUAAUGAUAUGAGAUGCAUCAUUAUCAUUGUAGAUACCAACUUUAGGUCUCUCGGCGAAAGAUGUGUAGAGAUUAAAUAGAUUUUGAAACAACUUAAGACUUAUAAAAUAGGAGCUAAUAAGGACCGAAGUUUCGCUUAAGGCCCCAAAUUCACCAAAUAUAGUUUAGUUACUCUAUUGAAAGUUUAUAAACUUCUGUUUUUAUUUAUCAGUCAUCGCCACUUUCUUUCAUGAUCAUUUUUGGCUUAAUUAUUCCAGUCCCAUUCGAUAAUCGGUCAUUGUUUCCCUGGUGGGCAUCUUGUACAGGGAAAGAAUGUUCCCUUCUUGCCUACUACCAGACUCUUUACGUUCAAAAUUAUGAAUUAUUGUAAUUAUCUCCAAUACUUGGAUGUGAAUGUUCCUCUUCAUUUAGGCUCUAUUCAUUCUGACUUACAUUGUGUAUAAAUACAAUACCCAUGAUACC